AUGGUUGGUAAUGUCUUCAGCAGUGUUGCUUCAAACUAUGAUCUGAUGAAUGAUUUGAUGAGUGCUGGACUACAUAGAUUAUGGAAGGAUAGACUGGUUGCUAAAUUGAAUCCAUUUCAAGGAAUAAAGCAUCUUGAUGUGGCUGGUGGAACAGGGGAUGUUGCUUUUAGGAUCCUCGAAACUAUAAAUAGUGUCAAUCGAAGAGCCAUGCAAGAUGCUCUUGAAGACAAUUUACAGGAAGAAACUCAGAUAUAUGUAUGUGACAUCAAUCCAAAUAUGUUGAAUGUUGGUAAAAAACGUGCCCAAGAAAGAGGUCUUGGAGAUGAUGGAUCCCUCAUAUGGGUGGAAGGAGAUGCUGAAGCCCUAUCUUUUGAAGAUAAUUCGAUGGAUGGUUAUACAAUUGCAUUUGGGAUCAGGAAUGUUACACACAUAGAGAAAGUCCUAUCUGAAGCUUAUAGGUAG